GAAGUGGAGAGAAGAUAGAAGUUUCAAGUUUGUGCGUGGCAAAGCUUAAGCAAGCCAAGGCUGCAAAUUAUCUGCAAGAAAAAAAAAAGGGCAAAAGAAUAAAAGGUUCAAGAUUGUUUGUGCAUGAAGAGAGAGAGAGGGAGGGGUGGGGGGAAGGAGAGAUUGUAUUGAUAUUUCCUAAGGCCCCAUAAAACCAAAACAGUACGUAGCUGUCGUUUAGGCCUCAAGGGGAAUGCCGUGUGGGCGUCACGUCCCUGCCCUUUCCUUUACAUGCUCUCUUAUACAUCUACUCUUUCUCUCUCUUUCGUCUCUUUGGGUCUGAUCAGUAAUUCAGAAUCAGAUCAGAUCACUUCUCUUUGGAUAAGGAUUUUGCAUAGAGACCUAACUUUUGUUUUUUGGUGAAGACAAGUAGAAGAGUUUGGGUUUCCUUUUUUGGAAGAAAUGAGGGUGAAAGUUUGGAAUUUUACGGAGAAUUAUUUGAAAGCCGGUGAAUUUGGAGUUUGCUGAUAGGUUAAAGAAAAGGGCAGCAAAAAAGUUGGGAUUUCUAAUCUUAUUUAAGGAAAAAAGUGAAGAAACUGAUCAGAAAAGAUCAAAGCAAAGAAGUAGAAGCGGCAAAGGAAUGGCGACGCUUGUGGAGCCGCCGAAUGGGGUGAGGGCAACAGGGAAGCAUUACUAUUCAAUGUGGCAGACCCUUUUCGAGAUUGACACAAAGUAUGUUCCAAUCAAGCCUAUAGGGAGAGGAGCAUACGGCAUCGUCUGCUCAUCAAUCAACAGGGAAACCAAUGACAAAGUCGCUAUAAAGAAGAUCAACAAUGUGUUUGAGAAUCGUGUUGAUGCGUUGAGAACUUUGAGGGAGUUGAAACUUCUCAGACACAUUCGACAUGAGAACGUGAUUGCUUUGAAGGAUGUCAUGAUGCCAACUCAGAGAACCAGUUUCAAGGAUGUUUAUUUGGUUUAUGAACUUAUGGACACGGAUUUGCAUCAGAUUAUCAAGUCGUCUCAGCCGCUUUCUAAUGAUCAUUGCAAGUAUUUUAUUUUUCAGUUACUACGAGGGCUGAAGUACCUCCACUCAGCAAACAUACUUCACCGAGACUUGAAGCCCGGGAACCUUCUUGUCAAUGCCAACUGUGACCUGAAGAUAUGCGAUUUUGGGCUUGCCCGAACCAGUAGAGGCAAUGAACAAUUCAUGACAGAGUAUGUUGUAACCCGCUGGUACCGUGCACCGGAGCUCCUACUCUGUUGUGACAAUUAUGGGACUUCCAUUGAUGUUUGGUCAGUAGGAUGCAUCUUUGCAGAGAUUCUUGGCCGCAAACCUAUCUUUCCAGGAACGGAAUGCCUCAACCAGCUUAAGCUAAUUAUCAACGUCCUUGGAAGCCAGCAAGAGGCUGAUCUUGAGUUUAUUGAUAAUCCCAAAGCCAGAAGGUAUAUCAAGUCACUUCCUUACUCUAGGGGCAGCCACUUUUCCCACCUAUACCCCCAGGCUGAUCCAUUAGCCAUAGAUUUGCUGCAAAGGAUGCUUAUUUUUGAUCCAUCUAAGAGAAUUACUGUCACCGAAGCGCUCCUACAUCCUUACAUGUCAGGGCUAUAUGAUCCAAGGUGCAAUCCACCUGCCCAAGUCCCAAUCGAUCUUGACAUAGAUGAAAACAUGGGAGAACAGAUGAUUAGGGAGAUGAUGUGGAUUGAGAUGCUUCACUACCACCCAGAGGCUGCCUCUCUAAAUGCUUAGAUGGCAUUGUUUUAGCUAUGCAUGGUUCUGUUGCUUUCUUAUAAUGUGCUUUCAGAACCAGUAUUAUUGUUUGACCUAGAAGAACGCUGUGGAACUUAGCAAUUGUACCAAGAUUUUGAUUUAACAUCUUAUUUAUUAGUUUGGCUUCUUUGUAGCAAACUGUGGCUCGUGUAACGUGUAAAUAUUUAUGCUAUUAAUCUGGAGAUUUUGCCCAUUCUGUGUA